AACAAGGCACCUUCGAUCGAUGGGUUGUUGUCAACAAAUUCUUUCUUAAAUGUAUCAAAACUAAAACUAAAAACUACCAUAAAAAUAAAAUUUUGCACAUUUAAUAUAAAAUUACUAAACGACAUUCAUCUCGCUAAAAUUUGCGACGGUUGCAAAAUUUACAAGUAAUAGUGAAAGUAUUGCAUCGUUUGUUCUAUGAUAGUGACGAGGCUGUUUGUGCAGCUAGGAGCAUAUGUGCGUGAAUAUUUGGCGAAUGUUACGUAAGCAGCGGUAGCGUGGUAUGUCGUGGAUGAAACGGGCGCAAGGCGGUGCGCCGCCGCCCAACGCAGACCAGUCGCAGUACGGCGCACCCCAGCCUUAUGGGAAUCAACAAAACAUGUACCCAAACUAUCAGGGUACAUCAUCUAACAUAGCACAACACCAACAACAACAAUAUUGGCAGCAGCAGCAGCAGCAGCAGCAGCCGGCUCAGCCCACAUACAAUCAGCAGUAUGGACAAAUGUACCAACAGCCAAGCUAUGCUAACAAUGCCAACCAGUAUUAUCAACAGCCAACACAAUACAAUCAGAACUUUUCUAAUCAAAAUUAUAAUAGCACACAGCAGGCAUAUCCACAAAAUUAUUAUCCUAAUCAGAGUAUGGCUCAACAAAGCUACCCACAAAAUAAUGUAAAUAAUGAUGGUUGGGAAGAUAAUUGGGACUGGGGUUGGGAAGAUUCAAGUAAACAAAAACCAGUUACUAAUCAGAUUGCCCAACAAUUAAAUACUUCCCAAGCGCAAGUUUGCAGUACCAAUGCAAAUGUCAUAGAAGAAAGCUUUGCAUCAACAAACACUUGGAAUUGGACAAUGGAGGAGAAAAAAGAAAUUCUAGAACAAUCAAGUACUUCAACCCGAGAAAACAAAGAUCUACCUCAACAGCCUUCUGAUAAUAAACCACAGCUUAGCUCCCAAAAUGUUUCUAAUACACAGGACAAUUUAAGCAGUCCUAGCCAGCCAGAACAUAGUUCAUCUGAAGUCAAGACCUUGAGUGACAAAGACAUUGUGAAGGAACGAUUGCCUAAUUUGGCCCUCGGUAAACGUUUUCAUCUCGAGAACUUAACACCCCAGUGGUCAAUAGAGUCCCAAAUGUCACAGGAAUCUAGUGAUGGACCUCAUACACAUUCUGAGGGGACUUAUAGAAGUGAAAAUCAGUCUAGAAAUUCCAACAAGAGUAGUCCCGGUCUGAACACUGACAAUUCAAACUUUAAUUACACUCAAUCUCACAUAGAUGAGAUGUACCCUCAGAGCACAGAGUGGUCGCAUCAUUCUAAUGAAGAUUCAGCUAAAAUUGAUAGUCACAAAAGAAAUAGCAGCAGAAGGCAAAGUCAUGAUGAAUUAUCAAGUUCUUUGCAAGAUAUGAGUAUAUCUAAUACUGAUAAUGUAGUUUCUGACGCUCCAGCACCUGAUAAUGACCUUGAACAAACAUUACAUGAUAGUUUGCCACCACCUCUUCAGCCACCACCAUCCACUUCACCCGCUGAUCUUGCACAGCCGCAUCCAGAUCUUCAUUCUUCUCUUUCAUCAUCUAUGCCUCCACCACCACCGGUUUCUGCCGCUACCAAUCAACCUGCACCAAUGGCAGCAGGGACAUUGCCUCCACCAACUUCUUUUCCCCCGCCAUCUGCAUCGCAGAACCCAUUCAAACAUGCGGGACCAUUUUCACACAAAAACAUAUCUAAAAAUCAUGCAAAUGUACCUCCUCAGCCAUUCCCACCACAAAUGGCCAAUACAAAUUUAACAUCACCUUCAGUUGUGAGCAAGAUUUCCCAAAGCAACAGAAUGCCUGUUGGAUUUGGAGCCAAUUUAGAAACAACACCCGAUAAUUCAGAAAGACCAGACCAACCACAAACUGCAAGCUUUGUACCACUUCCUGUAUCUCAGCAGAUACCUGACAAUAUGGAAGUUGCUCCACAACAUGAUAGAAAUGAGUAUUUACAAACGGAACACUUGUCCAGUGUUGACUUUGGUGAAAAUACGGAUUUCAGCCAAAAUGUUCCACCGCCUGGCUUAAGAAGAAUGGUAGUAGGUCAGCAAGAAACAGAGUACAGCCAAAAUUUAAAUAUUUCUGGAGAUGAACCGCCUCCAGGACUAGCACGAAUGGUUCCAGGCCAACAAACAGAAUCUGACGGGUAUAAUCAAUCUAACGACAAUUACAUGGAACGCCAUGUCGAUGGCCAAAUCACUGAUAACAGUAGUCGUCCAUUCAGGCAGGCUGAUGGGCAACAGACCCUUGAUAAUUACUCACAACCGCCACCAAACAGGGGAUCCGACAGAAGACCAAUAGGUUUGGAUAGGAUGGUCCCCGGAGAACCCAGUAGCAAUGAAUAUAUGCAGUAUCAGGCCGGAAACUAUGGUGGUUCCAAUGAACCUAGGGUUGUUACGGGAGUCGAUCACGACUAUCCUUUGCAUGUAGAGGCGGGCCCACCGGAGGUCAGAGAGCAAAAUGUCGACGGCUCUGAUUACACCGAACCUGCUGUGCGUAACCCAACUAGGAAUGUAAUAGGACUAAGGGAAGCUACCAAUGACUCUUCCGUAGACUUCGUGUCGGCACCAGGAGAACAGCAGCGCGAGCGCGAGCUCACCAUGGAGGGAGAAAACUUGCAGGACUUGAGUGUCAUAUCUGGAGCGGAAAUGACAUUCUCAAGAGAGCAGAUGUUCGAUGUAGUCAGUGGCAACGUAACCGAUUUGGCGAACGACGCUUCAGAGUCUGUCGAGUAUCCCGCAAACGGGUCGCGCAGGCAGUCCGUCAACCGCGUCAAUACGUCCGGCGAAGACUCCGAGCGCGACAGAACGUUCAAGUCGUCUCCGAGAAGGGACAGAGAAAAACAGAAGUCUUCGAGAGAUCGCGACCGCGACAGGGAAAGAGAUAAAGACGGCAGAUAUUCAAGGGGCGAUAGAAAAUAUGACAGAGAUCCAGAUAGAAGAUCGGGAAGGGACGGCCGAAGAUCCGAAAAGGAUAGGAGAGACAGGGAAGGGAAGGAGCGCGACAGGCUCGAGCGGGACGGGAGCCCUGAGGCCCCCCGGCAGCGGCGCAGCGCGCGCGCCCGCCGGUACGAUACCGAAGAUACCGACUAUUACAGCGACCGGGAGCGAGAGCGCAGGCGCUACCGGGAGGGUUCCUACACAUCGAAACCGCCGCGACCUGACGACAAGGAGCGCCGGCGGUACAACACUACCGAGCGCGACCGCUACGACGACGACGGCGGCAGCAGGCGGCGCGCCGACCGCCACCGUGACCGCGCAGACCGCAGCGACCGCGCAGACCGGAGCGACCGUAUGGACCGCAGCGACCGCACAGACCGCAGCGACCGUGCAGACCGCAGCGACCGCGCAGACCGCAGCGACCGUAUGGACCGCACCGAGCGCCGCUACCGCGACAUCGACCCCACCAGGAAGUACGGCAACUUGCGGCGCGAAGAGGAGCAGCGAAGGAGAGUUGUGACUUUCUCGAGGGACGCAAAAUGUAAUAAUUGCGAGACGUACUCGUCUCCUUCGCGUGCGGGGUCGCGCGAGGCGACCGCCACCGACGAGGAGCCGCCCGCCGUGGAGCGACGUCGGCGCGACCGCGACCGUCGCUGGCGCACCGACCGCAGCGAACGCGGCGACCGCGCCGACCGCGACCGCGAAACAGACCCUUACUAUCUCGGCGGGUACGGCGCCUACGGCAGCGGGUACGGGGACCCGUUCCUGCUGCAGCGGCAGCAGUACUCGUACUACGAGCGGCUGCGGCGCACAGACCCCGCCGCAUACAUGCGUCUCUACAAGCAGCUCAUGGCCGCGCCACACGCGCCCCACACCGCCUACGCAGACGGGUACGGGUCUCUGGGGUACGAGGCGCGCGGCGAGGAGCGCGGCAGUGUGCACUCGGGACGCUCCAGCGCCGCCGGCCUCAAGCCCACGGACACGUACUACGGGUGCCGGGCGGAGGGCGGCUCGCUGCGGGACGCGCCCUCGCUGCGCACCGACUUGUCCGACAGGGACCUGAACACGGACGCCUCUCUCAACCUGCAGCUGGAGGAGUCGACGGUGCGCUCGGAGCGCAUGACGCCCUUCAAGUACUCCACCGCGCACGUCAAGGGCACGCUGUCGGCGCGGCACGUGGUGCUGGUGCGCGCGGCGUACCCGGCGGACGGCCGCCCGGCCACCGUGCAGCUGGUGCCGCUGGGCGUCGCCACGGCGCGCCUUCCCGACCGCGCCCACCUGCUCGCCUACCCCGGCCCCCUCCUCAGAGGUGUAACUCACAAGAAGAGCGUCAUCGAGUACUGUAUGUCGCGCGCGGCGGAGGCGGCGGCCGGCGAAGACGCGUGCGACCCGCUCGGCCAGCUGCUGGUGUGGGAGCUGCUGGCGCUGCUGCUGCGUCAGAACGGCGUGGUGGUCGGCUCCGACAUCGCGGAGCUGCUCAUGAAGAACGUGCGUGAACACGAGUUCGCGCUAUCUCCGCGCCUAGGUCUGUGUCGCUACUGCUGCCCCCCCCCCUCUCCCACUCCCUCUCACUCACACUCCGCGCCGGCUCCAGCGCCGAGAGGGAGCGCUGAGGAGCCGGAGUCUCCGCCGGCCGCGACGGAGGCGGAGGCGCUGGCCCGCCUGCGCGAUCUCCUCAUAUACGGCAACAGACAGGAGGCGCUCGAGUGGGCGAUGCGGUGCGGGCUGUGGGGACACGCGCUGCAGCUGGCGGCGCACGGGGAGCGGCGCACGCGGGCGGCGGUGGCGGCGCGGUUCCUGGCCGCCGUGCCCGCCGCGGACCCGCUGCACACGCUCUACUCCGCACUGGCAGCGCGCAUGCCGCCCGCCGCCACAUGCGCGGCGGAGGAGCGCUGGGGCGACUGGCGACCGCACGCCGCCAUCCUGCUGGCCAACGGCGGCGCGCGGCCCGAACUGGAGCGCCGCGCCCUCACGCAGCUCGGUGACAGCCUGGCGUCCCGCGGGCUGGUGUUCAGCGCGCAGUUCUGCUACCUGUCGAGCGGCGUGUCCUUCGCGCCGCACCCGCUGGCGCCGCUGCAGCCGCGCUCCGCCCCCGCCGCGCCCCCGGCCCCGCGCCUCAGCCUGCUGCUGGCGGACCCGCGCGCCGCCUCGCUGUCGCAGCUCGCCACCAACCGGGCCAUCUUCGCCACAGAGAUCUACGAGUACGCGCUCUCGCUCAGCCACGAAGACUACGUCAUCGAGGACUUCCAGGUGUACAAGCUGGUGGCGGCGUGCCGGCUGGCGGACGCGGGGCUGUGCGAGCGCGCGCUGGGGUACGCCGAGAGCGCCGCGCGGGCAGUGACGCGCGCCCCCCGCCGCUACCCCCCCGCCCUGCCCGCCGCCCUCGCCCGCCUCGCAGACAGGUUGAAGUACUACGAGCCCGCGCUGCACGAGGACCCGCCGCUCGUGGAGGAGGCCGCGGAGCCCGACAGCGCCGAGCCCUCGCCGCGCCACCACCAGUGGAUCGACGACCUCGCCAACAUCGCCAGCGCGCUAGAGGCGGAGGCCUGGCAGCACAGCACGCCGCAGCACCAGCCGGUCUAUCAAGAUCAGACGAUCCAAUACGAACAGAGCGCGCCGGCGUACCACGAGGCGGGCGGGGCGGAGCACCCCGCACUCUACUACCAGCCGCCUGCGCAGCUCGCCCCCCAGCUCGGCCCCCAGCCCGGCCCCCAGCCCGGCCCCCACGACCUCGCCUACGCGCACCUCGACCCGCCGCUCGCCGAGCACGCGCCCCCUGCCCCCGCCACCGGCCCCGGCCCCGGCCCCGACACGUACGGCGAGGAGUGGGGCCGCGCAGACGACACGGCGCAAUCCUACGCCGACCCCUACUGGCAAAACGACCAGCACUACGGAUACGGAGAUACGGCGACGAGUGCGGGAGACGAGGCGGGCGACGCGGAGCCCCGCCCCACUAUCACGAUGCCGGGCGCCGCCCCCUCGCGCCCCGCCCCCUACUCACACUAUGACGACGACGUCCCGACCAAAGCCGACACCGCGGCGCAAGGGCAGCGCGACGGCGGCGCCCAGGGCGGCGAGCAGGAGGGCAAGAGCAAGGAGGAGGGCGGCAAGGCGGAGGGCAAGGGCAAGGGAAAGGGCGGCUGGCUGGGCGGCAUACUCACCAAGCUGGCGCUGCGCCCGCCCAACCAGAUGAUUCUGCCCGACGACAGCAACCCCACGAUCGUGUGGGACGCGGAGCACAAGCGCUGGCGCAACCUGGAGGCUGAUGAAGACGACACGCCCCGCCCACCGCCGCCGCCCCCCGCCCACACCGCACCCCCCGCACCCCCCGCACCACAGCCGGGCGGAGGUGGAGGCGGAGGUGCGCCGCCAGUCACCAACAUCUUUAAAAUGCAGAAAGGAAGACACAUAAAGAAGUCGUACGUGGACGUGUUCAACCCGAGCGGGGCGGCGACGCGGCCCCUGCCCCCCGCGGCCGAGGUGCUCGGCGCUCCGCCCCCCGCCGCCGUAGCCCCGCCCACAUACUUCGUGCCCGCCCCCAUCGCCGCACAAGGAUACUAUGAUCCUAGCCAGCAGGCAGAGGAUGUGUCCCGCUAGUGCGCCCCGCGGCACCCUGCAGCACCCCGCGGCACCAUGCGG